UGUCACACAGUGGACGCGGCCUCUAUACCGUGAGUCAAGAAUCGAAACCAAAAAUGCUUCAGAAGCGACAACAAAAGAGAACUUGGCGUUUAUAACAUAGUGCGAAUCAUAAAUCACUGCUCCUUAUAUUCGAAUGAGGAAGAGCAGAAUUGCUCCCGUAGUCCUUUUGCUUUCAUAAAUGAAAUGGCGGGAGGUACAAGCAGCAGAAGGGAUAGUGUGUGACAGGAGAUUCAGGGGCUGACAGCGGGAUGGCCCACUUCGACACAGAGUACCAGCGCCUGGAGGCGUCCUACAGCGACUCCCCUCCCGGAGAAGAGAAUCUGCUAGUGCAUGUUCCAGAGGGAUCCAAAUCUCCAUGGCACCACAUUGAAAAUCUGGACCUUUUCUUCCAGAGAGUCUAUAAUCUACACCAGAAGAAUGGAUUUACAUGUAUGCUGCUGGGAGAAAUAUUUGAGCUCGUGCAACUUGUGUUUGUGGUGGCAUUCACAGUGUUCCUGGCUAACUGUGUGGACUAUGACAUCCUUUUUGCCAACAAGUUUGUUAAUCACACUGAUUCCUCAAAGGUUACGCUCCCCGAUGCAUUUCUCCCAGUGGAUGUGUGCAGUGCUCGGAUCCGUGACAAUGUUUUCGUCAUCUUCAUCCUUAUCAUAUCAGGGGUCUUUUGGCUCCACCGUCUCGUCAAGUUUAUCUACAACAUCUGUUGCUACUGGGAGAUCAGAUCGUUUUACAUCAACGCCCUAAAAAUGUCCAUGACGGAACUUCCUUAUUUCACCUGGCAGGAGGUGCAGGCAAGGAUUAUUGAGAUACAGAAGGAGCACCAGAUUUGCAUCCACAAAAAAGAAUUGACAGAGCUUGACAUCUACCACCGCAUACUGCGUUUUAAAAACUACAUGGUCGCGAUGGUCAAUAAGUCACUCCUACCCGUGCGCUUUCGCUUGCCUCUGCUGGGCAACACUGUUUUUUACACUCGUGGUCUCAAGUAUAAUUUUGAGUUGAUUUUCUUCUGGGGCCCUGGAUCUCUUUUUGAAAAUGAGUGGAGUCUGAAGCCGGAGUACAAACGUGGAGGGAACCGUUUGGAGCUGGCGGACCGUCUGAGCUCAAGGAUCUUGUGGAUUGGAAUUGCCAACCUUCUCUUGUGUCCAGUUAUCCUGAUCUGGCAGAUUCUGUAUGCCUUCUUCAGCUACACUGAGGUGAUCAAACGUGAGCCGGGAAGUCUGGGUGCUCGAUGUUGGUCCCUGUAUGGCCGUUUUUACCUCCGUCACUUUAAUGAACUAGACCAUGAGCUGAUGUCACGCCUCAGCAAGGGCUACAAGGCCUCCUCGAAGUACAUGAACUGCUUCAUGUCACCAUUACUGACGGUGGUGGCUAAGAACGUGGCGUUCUUUGCUGGCUCCAUACUAGCAGUUUUGAUUGCUUUGACCAUUUAUGACGAAGAUGUAUUGGCUGUCGAACACGUGCUCAGCAGUAUUACAUUACUUGGGAUCUGCAUCACAGUCUGCAGGUCUUUUAUCCCAGACAAGCAUAUGGUGUUCUGCCCAGAACAGCUGCUUAAAGUGAUCUUGGCAUACAUCCAUUACAUGCCUGAUCAUUGGCAGGGUAAUGCCCACCGUUAUGAGACCAGAGACGAGUUCGCGCAGCUCUUUCAGUACAAGGCUGUAUUUAUUCUUGAGGAGCUGCUGAGUCCAGUCAUCACUCCUUUCAUUCUUAUUUUUUGCUUGCGGCGUAAAUCUCUAGAGAUCAUAGAUUUUUUCCGAAACUUUACUGUGGAUGUGGUCGGUGUGGGUGAUACUUGCUCUUUUGCACAGAUGGAUGUCCGUCAACAUGGUCAUCCUGCAUGGAUGUCUGCUGGGAAAACAGAGGCCUCCAUCUAUCAGCAGGCAGAAGACGGAAAGACUGAACUGUCACUCAUGCACUUUGCUAUCACAAAUCCACACUGGCAGCCCCCUCGGGAGAGCACGCAUUUCAUCAGCCUUCUGAAAGAGAAGGUGCAUCGCGAGGCCGCCACAGGACAGCAGGGAAUCAUAGCAGAAAAUGCUGCAUUUACCUCAACCCAUUCACUACAGUCUGAUUCAGAGCCUCGCAGUCUUAUUGCAAAUCUCCUGAUGGGACCCCCUUCCCUGGCCUCGCUGCAUCUGGGUCGAGAGGGCUCCAUCAAUCCUGUGUCCAUUGGAGUGAGUGAGGGGGCAUCCGCCCUCCGAUCCCUCUCUCCUGUCAGCACGAGUCUACACCUGCGGGGCAGCUACCCAUCUGCCAGACUGCCACGACCUGACCAUCCAGCUGUGGUGGCUGGGAGAGCAAUGACAGGCUCAGGCACUGAUGCCCGUACCAUCAGCUCUGGCAGUAGUGCCUGGGAAGGCCAGCUGACCAGUAUGGUCCUAUCAGAAUACGCUUCCACAGAGAUGAGCAUUCAUGCCCUCUACAUUCAUGAGAUGCACAAGCAGCAGUCGCGAGGUGAGGUGUCUCGACACACCUGGCACAGACAGGAGAGUGACGAGAGCAGUGAGAGUGUCAACGAGGACAUGGAAGCCGCCCGCACCUUCCCCCGUUCCAGCACUUUCCCAACCACCUCACACCAGGAGGGGGCAGCACAUCAGAGCGGCAGCCAGCGGCGUUAUGGUGGAACCUUAGAUCCUCUUUCUGGAAGCUUUCGAGCUCACAGAACGCCUCGCAUGCCUAUGGGCGGCUGGUCUGAGGAGAACCAAAUGAGCAGACAUCACGACCCAGUGCCCGAGGAGGGGUCUGAGGAUGAGCUACCACCACGCAUCCAUAAGGUGACUUAACAGGUGUAUCGUGGAUGAAGUACUCGAGAGACUAACAGCAUCCAUUUACUUUUGGACAUUGAUUAAAAAAAAAAAAUCAUAUUUAUUUACUCUUGGACAAAACACAAGUCUGAGCUUAAUUACUGUAUGUCACAGAGUGGCAUCGUUUCAAAGAUGCAUUGUAAUGGUUUGAGCUUUUGUGGGAAUGAUACAAUGAACAACAUUAUCAAAAUACUCAAUUAUUCAUAGUUCUCACAUAUUGAUCCACUUGAGAGAAGUUGCAAAACUGGUUCUGUAAAAUAUUUCAUUGUGAAUAGGAAAGUCUAUUUGCAAACUGGAAUAAGCAGUUGACAGAAGUCCUUUGAGUAAACGGUUAAAUAGGACUGCGUUCAGUUGACCCUGACGUUUCCGUUCUUGUCAAAAAGUAAAGGUUGGUGUUGAUGUAGGAAAUAUGUGCUUAGAAUUUUUGAGCUGCUUUGAAUAAUUUUGAUAGGAGGAAGAAAUAUUUAUAAUAUGCAAUGUGCCAUUAUGAAUUUUAAGCUUUGCAAAAUUAGAUUUUAUUCUCAAUCCCAGAUUUCUGUGAGAGGGAAAAACCACUGAAGAUCAUUUAAGCCUGGCACAGUAAAAAUGAUGCAUGCUCUUUUUUAAUUUUUAUUAUUUGCACAAUAUCAAAUGAGAAUGCACUUUAUCAUUUUUCCAGAUCCAAAGGAUGACUCCAAGGCAGUGGACAAAUCGGACUUGUUUUUAUUACCGUGCAGUUUUAAAGGAAGUUGUAUAUUUCUGGGUAAUGGCUAUAGGAUAAAACCCCAGGAUUUUUUCAGUUAGAUUUUCAGUUUAUUUACCAUGGCUCAGGUGAAUAAAAUAUGAUUCGUGAGAAUGAGGGGGUUGUGUAUAGCAUUAUGUUUCAGAUAUCUCAGGACCGGCUUGUUUUUGGCACUGAAGUUGCCCAUAAGGUGCAUGACACUUGGGUGAUUGCAGACUGCUGCCCCUUUCAUCCUCAAACCCAUAACUGCUAAAGGGAAUUAACAAACCUUUGUGUAGUUUGCGUGUGACUGCAAAGAUUUUGGAUUUUAUUCAUAGUACAUCACUCCAUAAAAAACUGACAGCAUUUCUCAUAUCUCGCACUGCUCGCAAACAUUGUGCUUAGAGUGUUCAAGGUGCAAAUUGUGCAUGACCCUUGACCUUUAUACUGGUAUGUUUGUGUAAUAAUUGGCCUGUAAAAUGCUUCUCUGACCUUAACUAAUCUAUCAACUGCAGCUGUGCAUUUUCCAUUGUCUUUUGUUUUGUUUUCUAGACUGUGUUGUAUAUUUACAUUUUGUACAGAUUAAAUUCAUCAAUAAAAUGUAUUUAAUA